ACUCUGUUAUCAACCAACUAAAAUAUUACAAAAAUAUAACAAUGAAAAUUGUAUAUGAUCACCAAUUAGAGAGCUCUAUCUCUCGCUAUAUAUACACAUCUAGACUCUAGUAAGCUACAAUACACCAACAUUCCCAACCACUACUACUAAAUUUGUUCGUUAAUAUUCUUCGAGUAGCAGCAGCAGUAAUCCUGAGGAAUUCUUCUUCAAUGACUUCGAAGCAAAUUCUCGCGGCUUUUGCCAUCGCCGCCGUCGCGAUUUUCCCGACCGUCGCCGUCGCCAUGGAUUACGUCGUCGGCGACGAGGGUGGGUGGAACCUGAACGGAAACUACACAGCUUGGGCUGAGGGAAAGCAGUUUAGAAUUGGUGACACAUUAGUGUUCAAUUACACCCCCGGCGCGCACAACGUGUUCAAAGUGUCGGGCCCAGAUUUCAAAGCGUGCCGCGUGCCGACAACAGGUGCAGUCUAUUCGACCGGGAACGACAAGAUCCCCCUCACGAACGCCGGCAGAAUGUGGUUUCUGUGCGGAAAGGGGAACGGAAAGCACUGCCUGCAAGGGAUGAAGCUCGUCAUUACCGUCGACCCCAAUGUCAACGUCGCCCCGAGCCCUGCUUCCCCCUCGCCGCCCCCGCCCUCGAGCUCCGCGACGAGGAUUAGAGUGUGUGGAUACCAAGCACUUCCUAUGAUGAUGAGGAUGAUCUUGGUGUUGGUGGCAACUGCUGUGGUCAUUGUGGUUUAGAGUGUUGUUGUUUUGGUUUAAUUAGUGUGUU